AUGACCGCUGCUUUUCAAAAUAUGGCAAAAUCCCUUGAAGUGAAAUCCAGUCCUAGUGGGCUAGAACGACUGUCUGUCCCUUCUUGGGAUGGAACGCGUAGAACAUACGCUACUUUUAAAAAGGAAUUCAACCACUGGAUGAAGAAAUACAAACAAGAUGAUGACGAACAAGUACAACGCUUACGAAAGGCUAUGCCAAAAGGGUGGUGUUCGGAACAGGUAAAAACAUGCAAGAACAUCGAUCAAGCCUGGAAAAUCCUGGACAUCGAAUUCGGAGAUAAAAGAAMACUUAUGGACACUCUCUUGACAGAAAUAAACGAUCUAAAACCAAUCAAGAGAGACUCCAAAUCUCUAAUGAGUUUCAGCACCAAUGUACGCAGAUAUGUUAGUGACAUGGAGGACAAUGACUGCUCGGUCACUAAAUCAACAGAAUCUCCAUUCUUCAUGUCCCAGCUUCUGUCAAAACUGGACCCGAGGGAUAACGUAGAGUACGGUCGCGAGAUGCAAAGACUGAAAAAACCAGAAACUGUUUUGACUCUGCUCGAAUGGCUUCAUCAAGAAGCAAACCUCCGCUCAAGAGGGAGACGCGACGAAGACAGCGACGACAAGGCAGACAAACAGAAACGAACGAUGUUCCAGCGACGAUCAGAAAACCAUGCUGUUGACGCCCCUGAAAUGGAUGAAGUGUGUAUUCUUGGCUGCCCUACAAAACACCUUUUAACUGCCUGUACCAUCUUCAAAGACUUAUCAGUAAGCCAAAGGUGGGAGRUUAUCAAACAGAACAACCGCUGUCGAAAAUGCCUAAAAGAACACCACACCAGCGAUUGUCAUAAAACCGACGGCACAUCAUGCGACAAAUGUGAAAAARAUCAUCAUCGUCUUCUUCACAGCGAGAGAAAAGAGACACCUACCAAGWCACCUGCUACCRGCAAMAAUAAUGCACAGAUYAGYGACCAACAAAAACAAAAGGACAUAAACUCUACAGUCACUGGRCUUUGYCCAAUACAGAGAGUAAAAKCUYUUGAYRACAAAGGAACACCUGUAGAACUGCUUGCUAUGCUUGACAGUGGAUCAAACACUAGUCUUCUGUCGAAGAAUGCAGCAAAACGCCUUAACCUGAGUGGACCCAAAACCCGCUUAAGAAUGAACCUAGCUGGAGGUAGCACGACAUCAGAAGAUUCCGAACUCUUAGACAUUACAAUAAUGCCAGUAAACGAAGAGAGUAUUAAGAAGACACUAUCAGCGUUUAUCGUUCAAAAGCCGUGCAGCAGUGCAAAAACAGUAUCAAAGAAACUCGUGGAAAGUUACAAACACCUCAAACCAAUAUCUGAUGAAAUAUACCUCGCAGGUGGAACAGUAGACCUUCUUAUAGGAACGGACUUUGCUGAUGCAUUCAUCGAUGUACACACUCUGACCGGAACAACCGGUGCACCCAUCGGCAAAAGGAACUGUUUUGGCUGGUAUGUCCUUGGACAGUUCAAAUCAAUGUGGACAGCUGAAAUCGUCCAAUCUGUGGACGUGGGGACAAUAAGCGUCGCAGAAGACAUCAAAUCACUAAUUCGACAAGACCAGCUUGGAGUUAAACCAACAGCGCUCUGCACAUGUAGUGACGAAGCUCUUCGAGAGAACAAGUUUAUCAAGUCUCUCUCAAAAUCAACAACGCUAAUCAAUGGACGAGUCCAAUCUUCAGCAGCCUAA